AUGUCUUCUCCAAAGACCCGUCUUUCGGGCCUGCUGGGCCAUUUCCUCCCUUCUUCUUCGUCUCAGACGCAGACGCAGACGCAGACUGAGACUGCUUCUGCGAAGGAGUCGGACUCUCCCUCUCGACCUGUAAACUAUCACACCCUUUCUCCAACAUUUUUCCUCCCGCGCGCUGCUGCGAUUGAACCCGAGGCAGAAGCAAUCUACCACGUCACCGCAAACAAAAAGACGAUUCGAAGGACCUAUCUCCAGACGGCGGAUCGCGCCCGUGGCCUGGCGUACUAUCUCAAGAAGCAUGGCUUCAAGAGAGUCGGGAUCCUUGCCCCAAACACCCCGGCGUUCCUCGAGUCGAUUUUUGGUAUUGCUGCUGCGGGGGCUGUGAAUAUUGCGGUCAACUACCGCCUCAAACCCGACGAUGUCGCCUACAUCUUCACCCACUCCGACGCGGACGCCAUCAUCGUCGACCACGAGUUUGUGCACCUCCUCGAUUCGUACAGACGGGAGCACCCGGACGUGCCAUUCAUCGUGGACACGGACACAAAUGCCACGGAGGGCGAGCUCAGCGGUCCCUUUGACAAGGCCGUCCUCGAGGGCUUGGAAUAUGACGCCGAGACCGGUGCGAAGGGCUGGGAAGGCCUCGAGGCCCAUGCCCCUGACGAAGACGACGUUAUUGCGCUCGCGUACACGAGCGGGACGACGGCACGGCCCAAGGGCGUUGAGUACACGCAUCGCGGGUGCUAUCUCGCUGCGAUGGGGAAUGUCAUUGAGUCUGGGUUGAAUUUUCAUACGGGCCGCUGUCGAUAUCUCUGGACGUUGCCUAUGUUUCAUGCUAUGGGAUGGACAUUCCCCUGGGCGGUCACGGCCGUUCGAGGCACGCACUACUGUCUACGCAAGAUCGACUACCCGUUCAUCUGGCAUCUGCUCAAGAAUGAACACAUCACGCAUUUCAAUGCCGCCCCGACGGUCAACACUCUGCUGUGCGCCGCAAAGGAGGCGGAGAGGCUCCCGAACCCUGUCCGAGUGACGGUGGCAGCUAGUCCGCCCACAGCCCAUCUCUUCGAGCAGAUGACGAACCUGAACCUGCAUCCCGUCCACGUGUAUGGCAUGACGGAGACAUACGGCCCCAUCACCAAGGGCUACCAUAUGCCCGCUUGGGAGACGCUGCCGCCCAAGGAGAAGUAUCAGAAGAUGGCGCGACAGGGCCAUGGGUUCGUCACCAGUCUUCCUGUUCGCGUCAUCAAGACUGAUGUCCCCGAGGGGACUGUCAUCGAUGUGGAACGUAACGGUCUCGAGCUGGGCGAAAUCGUCUUUCAGGGCAACAUCUGUGCCAAGGGCUACUAUAAGGAUCCUGAGGCCACGCGGAAGCUCUUUGCUGGCGGUGUGCUCCAUUCGGGCGACCUGGCCGUCUGGCAUCCCGACGGGGCUAUUCAGAUCUUGGAUCGCGCAAAGGACAUCAUCAUCAGCGGCGGCGAGAACAUCUCCUCCUUAGCGCUGGAGUCCAUGCUGGUCACGCAUCCCGACAUCCUCGAGGCCGGCGUGGUGGCCGUCCCCGACGAACAAUGGGGCGAACGGCCGAAAGCGUUCGUCACCAUCAAACCCGGUCGCAGUGUCGAGGGCAAGGACAUCAUCGAGUGGGCCAGGAACGUCAGCGGAAUCAGCAAGUUCAUGGUCCCUCGCGAGGUCGAGGUCGUGCCGGAGCUGCCCAAGACGAGCACGGGGAAGAUCAAGAAGAAUGUCCUGCGGGAGUGGGCGAAGGGUGCGGAUAGGAAACUGGUGCAGUGA